AUGCGCUUCUUUUUCUCUUCAUUUAUUCUCCUUUAUUUUCUUUAUUUUGUAAUUGCCAAAGUAGAAGAAAAAAGGCCCAUAAAAGAAAAACAAAGUAAUUCAGUUAAUGAAGAUGAAAAUCAAAAAAUUGAAGAAAAAGAAGUUGAUUUAUCUAAUGGAUUCGGAACAGACAUUGACUGGGUGCAAUGGAAUGAUGCUGUUUCUAUAGCUUUGGAUUUGAAUAAACCUAUAUUUUUGCUUAUACACAAAACUUGGUGUGGCGCUUGCCAAGCAUUGAAAAAAAGUUUUGCCAGUUCAAAUAAACGAGAAGAAUUAGUAGAAUUAAGCAAACAAUUUGUAAUGGUUAAUGUAGAAGAUGACGAUGAACCAGAAGAGGAAGAAUAUGCCCCGGAUGGCCGCUAUAUUCCUCGAUUAUUUAUUUUGAAUAAAGAAGGACAUCCAUUAACUGUGGAUAAUGCUAAAAAUUAUCCAAACAACAAACAAUAUUUCCCACAAGUGCCUGAUGUUAUAAUUGCAAUGAAACUUGGACUUAAAAAGUUUGAAGGGCCAGAAGAAGGGGAAGAAGUUGUUGAUGAAGAAAAGGAAGUGAAGAAAGAUGAGAAAGUGAAGGAAAAGGAAGUAAAGGUAUUUGAGAGUUAA